ACAAAGCGAAAAGGGUGACAACGCCACCGACUCGACCUAUUUCUGUUCUCUGCGAGCAAGAGAGUGAGGGUGAGAGGGAGUGACCGAGUGAGAAUAUGUUCCUACGAAGGUUCGCGCGGCCAUUGUUGGCGAAGGUGAAGGAGACGACGGGGAUCGUUGGGCUGGAUGUGAUCCCGAAUGCUCGGGAGGUGUUGAUCUCCCUCUACACAAAGACCCUCAAAGAGAUCCGGGCCGUCCCCGAGGAUGAGGGUUACCGGAAAGCGGUGGAGUGCUUCACACGACACCGGCUCAAUGUCUGCCAGGAGGAGGAGGACUGGGAGAAGAUCGAGAAGCGCAUCGGUUGCGGUCAAGUCGAGGAGCUCAUUGAAGAAGCCAAGGAUGAACUCAAGCUCAUUUCAUUGAUGAUCGAGUGGGAUCCAUGGGGUGUCCCUGAAGGCUUUGAAUGUGAGGUUAUCGAGAAUGAUGCUCCAAUUCCUAAACAUAUCCCUCAGCAUCGGCCUGGUCCACUUCCAGAGGAGUUCUACAAGACGUUGGAGGCAGUCACUUCUCGCCCCAAGCUUGAAAAAGCAACAGCCCCCUCCGAGGAGUUAAAGCCAAAGGAGUAACCAAGCACUUGAUUUUUAUGAUCGGGUCCAUCUGGAAGAACAAAAAAUUUCAAAGUUGAAUCCUUGCAGCCUUUCCUUCUUUUCUUAUUGUUCUCUUACAUUAGGUCUGUUUGGUGAUUGUGCAAGAAAGAUUCUUUGAUAGAACCAAGCUUGAAACCUAUUAAAGAAUAAGGUCAAGACAAACUAGUUCAAAAGAGGAGCGUCAUGUUACUUUCUUUUUGUUAGUUCAUUUCUUUUCUGCUAUUUACUCCAUGGAAGUUUUAGUACAAUAAUCUUUUAAUACAAUCAGAGUAAGGAGUAAUAUUGAACUAUCCUUAGAUA